UCAUUGUGCUACCAUCGGCUCCGAAUGAACGGAUCAUGCGGCAUGUGUAGUGCACUACAUAUCCAACAGGGACUGAUUUGGGAUUCAGCCGCUGUUACUGUAUUCCGGAAGCGGAAUGGUGGCGGCACGGCCAGCUCUGGAGCUAAUGGGCAUUACAAAAAAGAAAUAAUAAUAAAUUCAGCUUGAAAUCUGCAUGAAUCCUUUUUGUAGUCUGCCUGCAAUAAAAAAGAGUCAUGAAUGAAGGCACCCGGGAGUCCACGAGAUGCUGUCACUGAGCUAAGGAAGCAGUCGCAGCAAGAAAAUGUCGUUUUUUAGGCGGAAAGCUAAAGGAAAGGAACCAGAGAAGGCAGUAGAUCUGAAAGCAGGCAGAGCAGGCUCUGCAGUGUUGCCCAACUCCCCCUUACGGAAUCACCAUGCCAUCCUGGAGGCGGCCGGCCCGAGCCACGUGGCCAUCAGCGCCAUCUCGGCUAACAUGGACUCGUUCGCGCGUGGCCGCACGGCCAUCCUCAAAAAGCAGCCCAGUCACAUGGAGGCAGCUCACUUCGGAGACCUGGGUUACUCCAGCGUGAACUAUCAGACACAGGAGACACGUUCACGGCUCUCCAAGACUGUGGAGCAAGUGCUCCGUGACGCCAUGGCGCUGCCCUACUAUCUGCACUUCAUGGUGACGCGCUCUGCCGAGCAUCUGGCGCGCUUUUGGCUGGAGGCUGAGAGUUUCCGGUCCACCAGCUGGUCCCGCGUGCGCGCUCAUAGCCUCAACUCGGUGAAGCACAGCUCCCUGGCCGAGACCGCCUCCACUCUGGGCUUCACAACAUCUCCAGACUCGCCGCCGACUCUCAACGCCUCACCUGGCAUCGAUGAAGGGGAAUAUGAGGACACUUUUACCUCUCAGACGCCUUCCAGCCCCCAGGACGCUAAUUCUCAUGAUGGAGCGGGACGCCGAGACUCUGUUAAUCACGAGGAAGGGUUGAGGCUGAGUCGACGCCCCUCUACUUCCUCGUCAUCCUCCAGGACGGGAACUCCGGUUAAAGGCCAGGGUGCAAGUGCACUCCGCGAGCUCUCCGACAAGCUUAUGAAGAGUAUAGAGCGGGACGCAGUCAACAUUUUUACCAAGUACGUGUCUCCAGAUGCUUCUAGGCCCAUCCCGAUCACCGAGCAGAUACGAAACGACAUUGUUGCUAAAAUCUGUGGAGAGGACGGUCAGGUGGACCCAAACUGCUUUGUUAUUGCGCAGUCAGUAGUGUUCACCAUUAUGGAGCAGCACCACUUUAGCGAGUUCUUGCGGAGCCAUUAUUUUUGCAAGUACCAGAUCGAGGUGCUGACCAGCGGUUCUGUGUUCUUGGCAGACAUCUUGUUCUGUGAGUCUGCCCUGUUCUACUUCUCUGAGUACAUGGAGAAGGAGGACGCAGUGAACAUCCUGCAGUUCUGGCUGGCUGCGGAUAACUUCCAGGUUCAACUGGCUGCUAAAAAAGGACAAUACGAUGGACAGGAGGCACAGAAUGACGCCAUGAUCCUUUACGACAAGUAUUUUUCACUCCAAGCCACAAAUCCGUUGGGUUUUGGCGACUCGGUUCGGAUGGAGAUCGAGUCAAAUAUCUGUCGAGAGGGCGGCCCUCUGCCCGAUUGCUUCACCACUCCACUACGCCAGGCCUGGACCACCAUGGAGAAGGUCUACUUGCCAGGCUUCCUAUCCAGUGACCUGUACUACAAAUACUUGAGUGACCUCAUCAAUUCCGUACGGGCGGAUGAGUUCAUCGUGGGAAACUCGGUGGCGUCGGGUCAGGGCGCGACCAUGGACAACGACCGCAGCUCCGCCACCUCGGAAGGGUUGCAGGCCCAGCAGGGCUCCAAAAAAGCGGCUGUGAAAAUCCUGAAGAACUUUGAUGAGGCGAUAACCGUGGACAUUGCCAGUCUGGACCCCGAGUCUCUGUAUCAGAGACCAUACGCUGGAAGAAUGACCUUUGGCAAAGUCAACGAGCUGGGUCAAUUUAUCCGGGAAGCCGAGCCAGAACCGGACGUCAAGAAAUCCAAGGGUUCAAUGUUUUCCCAAGCAAUGAAGAAAUGGGUGCAAGGAAACACAGACGAGGCUCAGGAGGAAAUGGCGUGGAAGAUUGCUAAGAUGAUAGUCAAUGACGUCAUGCAGCAGGGACAGCAGGGGAUCCCACUACCAACAUCCAGUCAGCUAUGACUUUGUGCGCUGAUGAAGAGGGAAGACUCGCUCUGCUCUCAGCCUCCAAGCUGCUUCCGUCAGAGCCGAAAACCUGGAGAUAAAACAACGGCAUUUCCCCAGUGGCGAGUUAUGUAAUAAUGAAGCUAAAACAAAGUGCUGCAGUUCCACAACCUCCUCUGAAGUCGUGUGUGUGUGUGUGUGUGUGUGUGUGUGUGUGUGUGUGUGAGUGUGAGAGACAGGAAGAUGUCUGUAUGUACACUUGGGUCAUGUGACCAACAUUUCAAGCAUUAUGAAGGCUUUAUUUUAAUGUAAAAAGAGGAGCCCAAAUAAAAAAAAAAAUAAUAAAGCAAGCAUGAUUGGAACCAGAUGUACAAGCGAGAUGGACUUCUAGAACAAAAUCCCAAACAGACAGUGAGACGAGAUGAACACGGAGACAAAACGAGUCCUCUGUGUUGUGCUGUUACCAUGCCAAGCGCAUAAGACCCUGAACAAAGUCACUAUAAAGCCCGGGUUACUCCAAUCCCUUACCAAUCCUCGUUUCUUAUCUUCCCUCAGAAGCUUUCUUCCUCCGAUUUUAUGAGGCUGGCUAAAGAGAGCCUCUUUCAUUCUUUUUUUUUUUUUUUUAUAGUGCAAAGAUUUACCCAUGGUGGCUAUGUAAAGUUUUAUUUGCAGGCGUGUACGUAUCGCUGUGCCGUUAAAUCGGACUACGACAGCAGGAUUUUAUCAUCACGUUUCCGGAAACUGAAUGGAACAAUACGUUGUUACAGUUUAAGUUGAUUUAAACUGACAGAUUCAACUCCCCUCCAUGUCGACUCCAGAAUCAGCUCUUCUCUGUAGUCUUACUCCAACAUGGACAUGUGCUAGUGCAAUGUUAAACCCCCACAUCUCCAGUCUAUGAUGAUGUAGAUUUCUGGUUUCGAUUAAUGUAACUUCUUUUUUUAUGGUGAAUGUCUUUGUUUGUUUUUCUUUUUUCUUGUUUUUUUUUUUUUAACGAGUUGUCACAUGUGUGUGUCUAAGCGAAUUCCAGUGAUGCCUGUUCUUUGAGAAUAGGAUACUCUGAACACGCAAUGAUACUGCUUCGGACCUCGUCGAGAUGUGGACAAGAACCAGAAACAGACGGACUUUUGGUACUAUGUACCAUUAUUAUGUUUUCUGACAUGUAUGUGUACUUAAUCUAUAAUAUAUUUAAAUUGUGUUUGAUUUAAAUACAUAUAUUAUUGAAACGUC